AUGUCAGAGUCUACUUCGGAAGUACAGCCUCAACGUGAGCCAUUGACUCCUGAAGGUCUGGCCAUUGCAGUCAAGUAUGAUUUGACGGAAAAGCUUAUGCCUCACUUGGAUAGACACUUGAUCUUCCCCCUUCUCGAGUCGUUGUCUUCCAAGGAGCUCUAUGAUGAACACACUCUUUUACAACUUAAAUAUGACCUACUCAAGGAUGCCAGCAUGGUUGAUUACACGAUUAGCCUUUGGAAAGAACUUCACGAUGGAUCGGAAAAUGUUCCUGAGGAGCUUAUCCAACAGAAGGAUGAUGUACUCAAACAAUUAGAAACAUAUGAAAAGAGCACCUCUCGAGUGCUCGAGGUGUUUGAAGAUCCAGAAGCCCGUGCCAAUUUAAAACAAGACAAAGUCGCCAAUUUACAAUUUCUAGAGAGUAAAUACCAAAUUACUGGUGAUAUGAUCAAUGAUCUUUACAAAUAUGGUCAACUACAGUACAAUUGUGGUAAAUAUCAUGCCGCUUCUGACUUGUUAUAUCAUGUAAGAAUUUUGACUACCGACUCCAAUUUGAUCACAUCCGCUACUUGGGGAAAAUUUGCUGCUGAUAUUCUCACUUUGCAAUGGGAGGCUGUGGCCGAGGAAUUACAAAAGCUGAGGGACAUUGUUGACCAAAGAUCUUUCGCUGACCCCUUGACGCAACUGCACCACCGUACCUGGAUCAUUCACUGGUCUCUUUUUCCCUUUUUCAAUAUUGAAAAUGGCAAGGAAUCUCUUUGUGAUCUGUUCUUUUCAUCUGCCUACAUCAACACCAUUCAAGCCUCUUGUCCUUGGAUUUUGCGCUACUUAACCGCUGCUGUUGUUGCCAUGAAUAAGGGACCCUCUGGUGGCCAUCACGGCAAUAUCAUCUUCCAGAAGCGUCUGAAGGACUUGAUUCGUGUUGUUGGCCAAGAGAAAUAUGAGUACCAAGACCCUCUUACUGAGUUCAUCCGAGCACUUUACAUUGAUUACGAUUUCGAGGAGGCUCAGGCUAAGCUCUCAGAAGCUGAGAUUAUUUUGAACAACGACUUCUUUCUGGCUGAUAGUGCAGAGGCAUUCCUGGAGUCUGCCCGUCACCUUAUUUCCGAAUUAUAUUGCAGAAUUCACCAAAGAAUUGAUGUAAACCAACUUUCUACUAGACUUAACUUGAGCACUGAACAAGGUGAGAAAUGGAUUGCCAAUUUAAUUCAAGGAACUAAGAUGGAUGCCAAGAUCGACGAGUCCGAGGGUCUUGUUAUAAUGAACCACCCUGUUGCAAAUGUCUAUCAGCAAGUCAUUGAAAAGACGAAGGGUUUGACCUUCAGAUCUAACCAAGUCUUAUCUCAAGCUGUUAAUAAGCACGAUGCUCUUGUAUCGUAG